GCUCCGGCUGCGGCGGAUCGGUUUCUCGGGGUUUGACCAGCUGUCCCGGGCUAACCCUGCUCCUCGCUGAAGAUGGAGGAAGUAAAAACAGGAUUACCCUUAGCUACAGAUCCACUGCCUUAGUUUCCACCACCAACUGCAGUGCACAAACACACGUUAGGCACAGGAAAGAAAGAAACAGAGAGGACACACUAACAGUAAACACAAACAAAAGGGUGAUGGGAUUAUUUUACUGCAUGCACUGCUGAGCACUGCACUUUGACUAUGGAAACAGAGGCUAUUGAUGGCUAUAUAACAUCAGGUGACAAUGAGCUUUCACCUGAAAGGGAGCACUCCAAUAUGGCAAUUGACCUCACCUCAAGCACACCCAAUGGACAGCAUGCCUCACCAAGUCACAUGACAAGCACAAAUUCAGUAAAGCUAGAAAUGCAGAGUGAUGAAGAGUGUGACAGGAAACCCCUGAGCCGCGAAGACGAGAUCAGGGGCCAUGAUGAGGGUAGCAGCCUAGAAGAACCCCUAAUUGAGAGCAGCGAGGUGGCUGACAACAGGAAAGUCCAGGAGCUUCAAGGCGAGGGAGGAAUCCGGCUUCCGAAUGGUAAACUGAAAUGUGACGUCUGUGGCAUGGUUUGCAUUGGGCCCAAUGUGCUUAUGGUACAUAAAAGGAGUCACACUGGUGAGCGUCCCUUCCACUGUAACCAGUGUGGAGCUUCCUUUACUCAGAAGGGCAAUCUUCUGAGACACAUCAAGUUACACUCUGGGGAGAAGCCGUUCAAAUGUCCUUUCUGUAGCUAUGCGUGUAGGAGAAGGGACGCCCUCACAGGACACCUCAGGACCCACUCUGUGGGUAAACCUCACAAGUGCAACUACUGUGGACGAAGCUACAAGCAGCGCAGUUCCCUGGAGGAGCACAAGGAGCGCUGCCACAACUAUCUCCAGAACGUCGGCAUGGAGGCCUCGGGCCAGGUCAUGAGUCACCACGUACCUCCUAUAGAAGAUUGUAAGGAACAAGAGCCUAUUAUGGACAACAAUAUUUCUCUGGUGCCUUUUGAGAGACCUGCUGUCAUAGAGAAGCUCACGGGGAAUAUGGGAAAACGUAAAAGCUCCACUCCACAAAAGUUUGUGGGGGAAAAGCUCAUGCGAUUCAGCUACCCAGACAUUCACUUUGAUAUGAACUUAACAUAUGAGAAGGAGGCUGAGCUGAUGCAGUCUCAUAUGAUGGACCAAGCCAUCAACAAUGCAAUCACCUACCUUGGAGCUGAGGCCCUUCACCCUCUGAUGCAGCACCCGCCAAGCACAAUCGCUGAGGUGGCCCCAGUUAUAAGCUCAGCUUAUUCUCAGGUCUAUCAUCCAAAUAGGAUAGAAAGACCCAUUAGCAGGGAAACCUCCGAUAGUCAUGAAAACAACAUGGAUGGCCCUAUCUCUCUCAUCAGACCAAAGAGUCGACCCCAGGAAAGAGAGGCCUCUCCCAGCAAUAGCUGCCUGGAUUCUACUGACUCAGAAAGCAGCCAUGAUGACCACCAGUCCUACCAAGGAAACCCUGCCUUAAAUCCCAAGAGGAAACAAAGCCCAGCUUACAUGAAGGAGGAUGUCAAGGCUUUGGACACCACCAAGGCUCCUAAGGGCUCUCUGAAGGACAUCUACAAAGUCUUCAAUGGAGAAGGAGAACAGAUUAGGGCCUUUAAGUGUGAGCACUGCCGAGUCCUUUUCCUAGACCACGUCAUGUACACCAUUCACAUGGGUUGCCAUGGCUACCGGGACCCACUGGAAUGCAACAUCUGUGGCUACAGAAGCCAGGACCGUUAUGAGUUUUCAUCACACAUUGUUCGAGGGGAGCACACAUUCCACUAGGCCUUUUCAUUCCAAAGGGACCCCUAUGAAGUAACAAACUGCACAUGAAGAAAUACUGCACUUACAAUCCCACCUUCCCUAAGAUGUUGACAUACCUUUUUUUAAAAAUAUUAUUACUGUCAUUAAUUCUUAUUUUGUGGUUGCAGUGUCUUUGCUCUGCCUAAUUACAAUUAGGAAGAAACAGAAGGGACAGGGACAGGGGAUCUUGUUUCUUGAUAACUUGGCUUCUUUACUUUGUGGGAAUUUUAAGAGCAGUUCGUUUCUGCCAUGCAUAGAUCUGAGGCAUAUCGUGCUUUGAAAAAAAAUUGAUUGAUUCAUAUAGAUUCACCUAAGAGAUUCUGAUUUGCCACUGAUGUUCAGAAUUAUGACUGAAGGCAGGAAAGCUUAGUUCUCUGGGCAGGACUUACGCAGUUUAAAAUGGCGUAAGUAAUUUCACGCUUCAAAGAAAAAUUUGUUUCAAAAUGUAAAAUGUUUUUUUGUUUUUUUCCUCCUCCAGAGAUCAUGGAACAAAAACACAUGGUUAUUUUCAAUGAUAACUCCUUGGAUGAGUUGUUGUGGGUUCUAUGUUUACUUUCCCUAUGGAAUUUAUAAUACGGUAUGUUAUACACUGUACCAUAUAGCAGACCUUUUCAACUACAGGUAGUGAGGGUCACACAAUACAUCUGAGGUCCUGUGAUCUUAUUUUUCUAAACUUAAGCACUGUUUUUUCCAUAGUUUUGAUGACUGGCAUUUUAUAGACACCCUGGCAGCCUUACUUUUAACACCUUUAAUGAAUAGUAUUUGUAUCUAGUUUUCAGAAUAACAUAUGGUCUAAGAGUGGCUAAGAGGCCGUCAGUAGUUUCAGAAGGGACCUCCACUUUUCAUAAAUUCGUUUAGGAAGUUUCCUUUUAGCGUUGUAACGUGAUGGCCGCAGAGUAUACGUAUUUGUUUCUAAAAGUACGCUUACGAUUGUCACUUUAUCAGCAUUUAAUCAGUGUUAAUCGGUCAGCAGAAAAAUAUAAUUAGGCUAACAGUAGGGGGAAAAACCCACUCAGAAAUCCCUGUUCUGGUAUAUUUCUCUUUUCACUUGUGUUUUUUCAAGCUGUGACCACCCAGUGUUCUGUCCAUAGUCCAUUCAUCUUUUGCUCUCCCCAUAGAAGGUCAUACAUACCUUACUGUAGGCUAUUUCUUUCCAGCUCUCCUCGGAGCAAUUGCUAAUUUGAUCUGAAUGUGUAACUUGAACCCUGUAACGUUAUGGAACUAGGGCUAUUUAUUCAAUAAUAACAUCUGGCACUUUUGGUGCAAAGAAAGGGAACUUCUGUGUUACCUACUGGAUUACAGAUAGAACAGAAAAAUAUAUAUUUACCCUUCUUGGAGUAUAGAAUGCUACCAACCCUCCAAGCAAAAAUGACUGUGUCCUGCACAUUUUUGGUCUCAAAAAACUUUCAACUCUGUAUAAGUCUUUGUCAGAAAUGAAUCUCGGCUCCUUAGAAUUUCUCUUUCUUUAAUCCGUACAUGUUACCAGAGUUCACGUGCAUGUGUAUGGCUGCUGUCUGUUCUUUGCUGUCCUACAGCAUUCGAGGGAAGCAACCCAGUGAGAUUGAUUCAAAUCAUUUGAGGGAAUAUACUUGGAGGCAGAACUCGCUGCUUGUGUUUAGAGAGGGCAAGCCUGACCGAGACCGGAUUACCUGAUAACUGUCUAUGGAUACUGUUAGCAGUCACUGAUAGCUGCUGGGAAAAAUCUUUAACUAGGUUGCAGACACUCUGUUUCUUGAUACAGGAUGAUGUGAGAAUUAGCAAGACUAGAGAACUCUGGACAGAUGAACAGUCCUGGCCUGGAUACUGCUCUUCACUCAUUUUCUGGUUUACCGUCUGCUUAUUUAAGCAACUUCUAAGCACUAACCCAGCCAGAGCUAAGCGAAAGUGGUUCCAACACCGCUCCUUUCACUACCCCUGUUGUAAUUAUUUUAGGAGAAAUGUCCAAACUGUUUCUUUAAAUCUCAGAGAAGCACCAAAACAGAGAUGUGGAAUGUUUUCAGUAGACUGUCAACUGUCGUUCUUUUCCCCGCACGCUUUGGCACAUUGGCACGUUCUGAACAUGCAAUUUAUUCAAGGGUAAAGCGUGUCUUUGAGACUCCACCCCUCCCACCCUAACUACUCAUGCUUAAUAGAUUUUUCCCCCCUUUUGGUGGUAGGUAAAUAAUUGAAAUGAGUGAUUUUGUGUUAAACUGUAAUUUAAAGAAACAUUUGGAUGGCAGUCAGUAUGUUUCUGAGUGCAGCUGUGUGUGAAUUUUUGCUGGCAUUGCCUGGGAUGCUCUUCCUACUUACGGUUUGUUGUGCUCUGUGAACAACUCUGUACCUGCCCUGGGAUAAAACGGAACUUAGGCGGCUCUCAAGAGUUGUGUCGUACCCCGCGAAGACAGAAUCAUGCACGCUCCUUUUCUGAUUCCAUCUUUUGGGGAACCUGUUUCUUUGAAGGGGCUUUGUAUUUAUGAGAGUGCACUUGCUCCAAGUGUGUGCUCGUACUUUCUUAGCCUCAUGAUAUGUGGGCCAGAAAGAGGGAAAGAUGGCUCAGGGCGUGGCCGGGCAAAUGAGGACAAGGUCAAUUCAGGUGUGUAGGUUAGGAAGAAUUUGGGUGGACUCACGGUUUUCUGGAGAAAUCUGGGUGGCUGGAUUGCAUGCCUCUUCUUCACAACAGGAAAUAAGCAAGGUGGUGGCACCUAAAAAUAAGUAUGAGGGUCAGGCACCAAAUAAAUCAAGUUUUACAGGACAGGUACAGUCCCAGUUUAUUCAGGUGAGAUUUUACAAAACAGAAAAUUUGAGGGGCAUGAAAAUGGGUUAGUUUAUGUGUUUUCCAUUUUGGCAAAAAAAAAAAAUCAGAAAUUCAUCAUAUUGCUUUGCCCUAAUUUUGCCCAGCAUUUUAUCUCCAGCUCUUGUUGGAGAAGUGUGCAACCUCUCUCUUAAUAGUGGUCAGUCACUUAAAAAGCCAUUCUAACCUGGCUUUGUAAAAUAGUGAAAGUGACCAAUAAGCAGAUUGGCAGCAAUGUCAAGUUGUCGAAACAUUCCGUUGAAGAUUUUCUGGAGGGACAAAAUGGGAGAAUGGGAGACCAGUGUUCAGAUUUGGCUACAAAGUAGGGAGUAUCUCUUCCAUUCUACAUGCAUACAAGCAACUAUGUAUACACACAUUCAUUCUUUUAAGGAAAAUCAUGAAAAGAAGCAAUUGGAGUGCUCAGGUGUGCUGUAAGAGAGGUAGGGAGAGUUAAUUGCUGUUAAUACCAGUAGUCGCACUUGUUACCAAGUCGUAUUAAGAGCUGUUAAAGUCACUAGUGUGUGUUUGGGACUAAUUGCAACUAUUGAAGCAUGGGUCUUUACAAUCUACUUCAGAAGAAAUCAAAACAGUCAAAAAAAGUAGAGUAUUUAGCUGAUUUGAUAUAACCUCCAAAGUGAAAGAAACUAAUUACUUUUGGAUAGGAAGAUACAGAAAAGAAGUUAACUUAUAUGUUGACAAAUAGAGAAAGACAAGAAUAUGUUCGUGAGCUUGAUAUUGUUUUGUGUCUGAGUUACACUCCUCACAAAACCACCGAGAAGGCUUAAUGGUGGUUUAUGUAAAUGUUUGACAAUAUUUACAUCAGUGAAGGUAUUUUGAUGAAAAUUGGUCUGUUUAUUUUCCAGUGUUAGUUAAUUUUAUCUCCAAAAUGGUUCCUUAAGGUAGAAAAAGAAAAGGCUGCAAAAGUACAAUCUAAAAAACUGUAUGCUCUUAGUUUCAAGACAGAACUUAGAUUUUGAGGUACUGGCUAUGUUAUUUUUAAACUUUAAAUUGUUCAUUUUUCAAAAAGGAAUGUUGCAUUUGUGAUCUUUAGUUAUAUUUUAUAUAUUAUUUUAGUAAGUACUGUUUUAUAAAGACUCUUCUAAAACAGAAAUUCCCCAAAUGCACAGGAAAAAAAAAGUGGUGGUGAAAUUGUAGUUUGUAUAUGUGAAAGUUAUCUUAGAAAUGUUUUUAAACCUCCAGUUUCUGCAAAAUAAUUAAAAUAUACAGUAACUGGUCUCUUAAGAUCCUGAAUUUAAUGUAUUAAAUACUUAGAAAAAAAUUUUUUUA